CGGAGAUGAGAGUCACAAUAAUUGUGCCUAUUAAGAUUUUAAGGAGAUGAAAGAGUUUAAAUUAUAUUUUUGAAUCAUCUGGUCAAACGGUGUGAAUGUGGAGGUGUUAUCAGUUCAAAGUGUGUCGGACGAGUCAUCAGGUGUGUUUCAUCACGUACAUCAGAUAUGAAGUAAUUACAAUGGGAGCCAACUAUCAAGGCUGAAGACGGGCUUUUUGAAUCUUCGAAACUUUGGUGCGGUUAUUCAUUUGACAUUUCGAAGAAUAUCCACUCGAAACGCUAUGGUGAAACAGUGGUGCAAAAUGAGUUGGGGGCGGUAUUUUGCAAACCGGACCAAGUUAGAAAAAGGGCUAAUUGUUGGUCUCACUGGUCUCAGUAUAAUAGUUAUAGUUCUGUUUAUCUGUUUUCUAACUUCUAGUGAUACCAACGUUUGUAAAGAACCUCAAUGUAUCCGAGCGGCAGUUCACAUAUUGGAUACAGUAGACCCCCAAGCUGAUCCCUGUGAAGACUUUUAUCAGUUUGCAUGUGGAACAUUUUUGAAAAAUGCUUUCAUUAAUGGGCAGCCCAAUACCCUGAGUAUUUUGUCGGAAAUAACAAAGAACCAACUGAAAAAUAUAGUUAUGGAGAAGACGAAUGAAACCAAUUUGCCAAAAACAUUAGUAAUGCAAAGAAAAUUCUAUAGAGCGUGCUUGAAUACAACAGCCAUAGAAGAAGAUAAUGACAAAACGAUAUUGAACCUUCUAGAUCAAGUUACUGGUGGAUGGCCAGUUCUAAAGACGUUCAACUGGGUUGAGAGGGAUUUUGAGUGGUCCAAUGUCAUGCUUAGAGCGAGAAAUUUGGGACUAUACAAUCAAUUUUUCUUCAAUGUUGAAGUGCACCGCAAUCAUACUGAUAAUAAACUGAAAAUUUGGAUCAAACCACCAGAUAGAAAAGAAGUAUCGUCUUUCCAUUGGAAUAAACCGCCAUUAGAAUGGAAAGAGCAAACCGUCGAAAUAAUGACUGAUAUUGCUGCCUUGCUGGGAGCGAAAAGCGUCAGUGUGAGGACCGAACUGAGAUCGACAAUGACAUUUGCAGAACGGUUACAAGAAAUAAUUGAGAAAUAUCACAAUGAAACGUCAACAGGAGAAGACCCGAAAAAGAAUGUAACUGUGAAGUGUCUCAAUCACAAAUUCAUAAAAAUAGAAUGGCUCAAUUUUCUCAGGAACAUGACAAAUUUGGAUUUGAGUGGAAAUGAAGAAGUUGUUUUCGAUGUCGAUAUGUAUUUCAAGGAUUUAUACUAUUUAUUGUUGAAGACUCCUAAAAAAAUCCAGGCCAACUACAUGGCGUGGGCGAUCAUUUCAAGAAAUAUACAUUAUCUCUCAAAGAAAGUGAGAGACAAGUACGAUGAGAUGUCAAAAUAUUCCGACAGUGGAGAAGUUGAAACAAAUUCUAGGAGUACGAAAUGUUUCAAACUGAGCACAGAUUUAUUUGGAUUUAUAGCACAAUCGGAAUAUGUUCGUAGAUACACUCCGAAAGAAAAAAAAGUAUACAUAAAGGAGAUGAUUGCAUAUAUUAAAAGGGAAAUGAAAGAAUCCAUUAAAGUCACUCCAUGGAUAGACGAGACUAGUAGGAAAAAUGCUCUGAAACAGUUGAAAAAUAUAUCAGAAGCUAUAGGCUGGAUCGAUCAGGCUGUCGAUGUUGAAAAAGUUGACGAAUUGACUGGAUUGGAUAAGCUCACUUUUUCUAACGAUAACGUUAUACACAUGGCGAGAAUGACCAGAAAAGCUAAACUCGAUAGUUAUUACAAACAAAUUCGACUGAAUAAUUCGGACCUGUACAUGGUGCCACCCCCAAAAUUAGAUGUGAAUGCAUAUUUUUCACGGCAAAUUAAUUUACUAAUUUUACCGGCGUCAAUUUUACAAGGUCACAUUUUUGACGCUUACCAACCCCACUACAUGAAUUACGGUGCCUUAGGAUCCGUCAUUGGUCAUGAAUUGACCCACGGAUUCAGUAUUAACGACGACAGUUUGGAAUCCGAAAAAUUGUGGACAAACAAAUCUAUCGAAAACUUUGAAAAUGUUUCCCGAUGCUUGGUAGAAGAGUACAAGAAUUUUCUGAAGGAAAUCGGACAACCAACCGAGAACAACACCGGCUUAGAAGAAAACCUGGCAGACUUCACAGGAGUUAAUACGGCAUACACUGCAUACUUAAACUGGGUGAGAAAACAUGGACCUGAAAAAAGCCUUCCUGGUAUCAAGUAUACCCCAAAGCAGAUUUUCUGGAUCAUGGCAAGUACUUACAUGUGUUACGAGCCCAGACUUUCCAAAAAAGAUGACAUCCACAAUAAGGACGAUGCUCAUGGCCAACCUAUUUUCAGAGUAAUGGGGCGUUUAAAAAAUUCUCCAUAUUUCGCAAAAGAUUUCAAUUGUCCGGAAGGGUCGAAAAUGAAUCCGAAAGAUAAAUGUCGAGUUUAUUGGUGAUUUUUGCAGUUGACGAUUUUGAUGUGAAUAAACAGUUUUUUC